CUUUAACAACAAUGAAAGAUUUGUGAUUCUCCAGCUGAGGGGGAUUUUAGACGACGCGUAAAUGGCUUGAGGAUCAACUGCCAAGUAGUUUUAAAAAAGGAAAGCGCCUUAUUGCUGAUGCGAAGUAACGGUAGUUUGUGGCCAGAGGCAGUAACGUUAUCGCCACUUUGGACUUUUUGUCUGGGAACGUUUCAGUCCAUCCGGAGAAUGAAGUGCACCGUGUCGAAGCAGCGCUCCAAUGCGGGAUAUAAUGCUGCUGCUUCACCAACGUUAGCUGCCUCUUAAAGAUAAUAACUGGCUGUAAACGGGGCCAAGUAUCCUGCAGCGGGUCCUGGCAGCUGCGAGGGCUUUGGUGGACAUAACUUGAGGAGAAAGGCCAGCUGGUAGUUUGCGUGUGCCUUGGGGUUUCCUGUUCCAGGCAGCAGCCAUGGAGGAGGAGGUGGUGAGCAUGGAGUACUUGGUGGAGCAGGUGAUGCAGAAGGACCUGGGGAAGAGGCUCCAGGUGGGCCAGGACAUUAUAGAGAUGAUCAUGGACGAGGAGAAGACCCCCGAGCUGGAUCAAGACCAGACCAUGCUGGACAGGAUGGUGGAAGCGGUGGCCAGCUCCUGGGUCAACUCCAGCAACUUCAAGGUGGUUUUGCUGGGGAUGGACAUUCUGUCGGCUCUGGUCAGCAGACUGCAGGAGAAAUUCAGGACGCAGGUGGGAACAGUUCUGCCGAGCCUGAUAGAUCGGUUAGGAGACGCCAAGGACCAAGUUCGAGACCAGGACCAAGCCCUUCUUCUGAAGAUUAUGGACCAGGCUGCAAACCCGCAGUAUGUGUGGGAGCGAAUAAUCGGAGGCUUCAAGCACAAGAACAACAGGACCAGAGAAGCUCUCUGCCUCUGUCUCAUCUCGACCCUAAACGUGUUUGGAUCUCAGAGUCUGACGCUCAGUAAAAUUGUUCCUCACAUCUGUAACCUCCUCGGAGAUCCCACAAGUCAGGUGCGGGACGGAGCCAUGAACUGCCUCGUGGAGAUCUACCGCCACGUCGGAGAACGAGUGAGAAUGGACCUGGGAAAGAAGGGUCUGCCUCAGUCACGGUUGAACGUCAUCUUCAGUAAAUUUGAUGAAGUUCAAAGGUCAGGCAACAUGGUCCUGUCCCCGCACAAAACCUUUGAGGACGAUGACUCGGUGGACGGCGGCCGCUCCACGUCCUCGUCCAAAGGAGCCUCGCUGUCCGGGAGGAAGCCAGUGAGCAUGGGUUCAUUUCGACGCCCCGCCUCCGGCUCCAGCGCCAAGUCUGCAGGGAGGGACGGCUCGAGUGCUGGAGCGGUGGAUGAGGAGGACUUCAUCCAGGCCUUUGAGGAUGUUCCCUCGGUGCAGAUCUUCUCUAACAGGGAGGUGGAGGAGGCCAUGACGAAGGUUCGAGACGUGCUGUCAGACGAUAAGAGGGACUGGGAGCUCAGAGUGGCAGCUCUGAAGAAGGUGCGUUCGCUGCUCCUGGCCGGCGCGGCAGAGUUUGAUGGGUUUCUGCAGCAGCUGCGGCUCAUGGAGGCGGCGUUCAAACUGUCCGCCAAGGACCUCCGCUCUCAGGUGGUGAGAGAGGCCUGCAUCACCCUGGGCCACCUGUCGUUGGUGCUCGGCAGUCGGUUCGACCACGGGGCAGAGGCCAUCAUGCCGACCCUCCUCAGCCUGGUCCCCAACACUGCCAAAGUCAUGGCCACCUCCGGCAUGGCCGCCAUCCGCCUCAUCCUCAAACACACGCACUACCCACGUCUCAUCCCCAUCAUCACCAGCAGCUGUACCUCCAAAUCUGUAGCUGUCAGAAGGCGCUGUUAUGAGUUUGUGGACCUGCUGCUGCAGGAGUGGCAGACGAGCUCUCUGGAGAGACAUGGAACAGUUUUAACUGAGAUGAUAAAGAAAGGGAUUCACGAUGCAGACGCCGAGGCUCGCUCUGUGGCCAGAACGUGUUACUGGAGUUUCCACGGUCACUUCCGUCGGGAGGCGGAGCAGCUGUUCCAGGGCCUGGAGUCGUCCUAUCAGAAAGCUCUGCAGGCACACCUGAGGAGCGGAGACAGCCAGAUGUCGCUGCCCGCCUCGGAUCGCUCCUCCUCGUCCUCCCAGGAGAGCCUCAGUCGACAACAGUCUGUAAAAAACACCUUUGGAAGCAGCACAACAAGAUCCAAAGCUGCCCACACCAGGACGCCCGCUGCAGCCUCCUCCCCAGGUUCCCUCCAGCGCUCUCGUAGCGAUGUAGACGUCAACGCGGCGGCCACGGCCACCGCCCGCACCAGGAUGCCCGCCGUGCCCUCUGCCAUGUUGUCACCGGUUUCGUCCUUCAGCUCAGCCUCGGCCCUUCCCCCUGGAUCCUACGCUUCACUGGGUCGAGUACGAACCAGGAGGACGAGUUCAGGAAACAGUCCGUCUGUGACCGACAGCCGGGGAAGGAGCCGAGGGAAAGUCGUCUCACAGUCUCAACCCAGCAGUAGGUCCGGUUCUCCCGGCAGACUGCUGAGCUCCACCUACGGCCGGAUACCGAGGCCGACCAUGGGCACAGCUGCCGCCGCCGCCGCCGCCAACAGCGCCUCCAGCCUGACGGACAAGAGCCGGCCCCGAGGUCACCGCAGCCACGGCUGCAGUCGAGAGACCAGCCCCUCCAGAUCAGGCACAGCCCGGAGCCGAAUCCCCCGGCCCAGCAUGAGUCAGGGCUGCAGCCGCGAAACCAGUCGCGAGAGCAGCCGCGACACCAGCCCCACCAGGGGUUUCUCCCCCCUGGUGACUCGUCAUCACUCCCGCUCGACCAGCGCCCUGUCCUCUGCAGAGUGCUACUCAGACCGGCUGUCCCAUCAGGCUCGGAUCUCUGCCUCCGUCAACGCCAUGAAAAUCCUCAACACCGGCACGGAUGUCGAGGCUGCUGUUGCUGACGCUCUGCGGAGGCCGGUGAGGCGGCGCUUCGAGUCUCCGGGAAUAUACUCGGAUGAUGACGCCAACAGUGACGCCUCCAGCGCCUGCUCCGACCGCUCGUACAGCUCUCGUAAUGGCGGCAUGGCGCCGCACUACCUGCGUCAGACGGAGGAUGUAGCCGAGGUGCUGAACCACUGCGCCAGCGCCAACUGGUCUGAGAGAAAGGAGGGACUGUUGGGACUGCAGAACCUGCUCAAGAGCCAGAGGAUGCUCAGUCGUGUGGAGCUGAAGAGGCUUUGUGAGAUCUUCACCAGGAUGUUUGCAGACCCUCACAGCAAGAGAGUGUUCAGCAUGUUCCUGGAGACUCUGGUGGACUUCAUCGUACUGCACAGGGAGGACCUGCAGGACUGGCUCUUUGUUCUGCUCACUCAGCUGCUGAAGAAGAUGGGGGCCGACCUGCUGGGCUCGGUCCAGGCCAAAGUCCAGAAGGCCCUGGACGUCACCAGAGAGUCCUUCCCUUAUGAGCAGCAGUUCAACAUCCUGAUGCGUUUCAUCGUGGAUCAGACGCAGACGCCCAACCUGAAGGUGAAGGUGGCCAUCUUGCGCUACAUCGAGGCGCUCGCCCGCCAGAUGGACCCGACUGACUUUGUGAACUCCAGCGAGACACGCCUUGCAGUCUCACGCAUCAUCACCUGGACCACCGAGCCUAAGAGCUCCGACGUCCGCAAGGCGGCCCAGGUGGUGCUCAUCGCCCUGUUUGAGCUGAACACACCAGAGUUCACCAUGCUGCUGGGCGCUUUACCCAAAACCUUCCAGGAUGGGACCACAAAGCUGCUGCACAACCACCUGAGGAACGCCAGCGGCAUGAGCAUGGCGUCUCCCAGUAACACGGCUGCCCGAACGCCUCCACGGCAGCACAGCAGCCGCAGCAGCCCGCUGACUUCACCCACCAGCUGCUCUCACGGGGGGCUUUCUCCCAGCAUGCUGGAGUACAACAGUGAAAACCUGAACUCAGAGGAGAUCUACAGCUCUCUGCGCGGCGUCACGGAGGCCAUCCAGAACUUCAGCUUCCGCAGCCAAGACGACCUGAUGGAGCCGCUGAGACGAGACGGCAAGUCUGCAGUCGGGGCGUCGUCAGACGGUGACGUGGUCGGGGGAGGACGCACAGCCCUGGACAAUAAGACGUCUCUGCUGAACACGCCUUCACCGCGUUCCUUCGCCGGCCCGCGCUUCAGAGACUACAACCCGUACAACUACACCGACAGCAUCAGCACACUGGACAAAGCUGCCCUGAAGGAGGCGCUGUAUGAGGACCCUGUGGAGCGAGACGGCGGCCGUCAAGAAUGUGGCGAAAACAAGAUCAUGAACCCCAAAAACUUCCCAGCAUGCCCCGCCGAGCAGCUGGAGCUGGUUGGGGAGCUGCUGAAGAACAUCUCCCAGGGCCAGGCGGGGGAGCGGGGCCCCGAGGAGCGACGGGCGACCCUGCUGGAGCUGCUGAAAGUGGCCCGAGAGGACUGCCUGGUGGUGUGGGAGGAACACUUCAAGACCAUGCUGCUGCUGCUGCUCGAGACGCUGGGAGACAAAGACCACACGAUCCGGGCGCUGGCCCUGCGAGUCCUGAAGGAGAUCCUGAGGAACCAGCCGGCCCGCUUCAAGAACUACGCCGAGCUCACCAUCAUGAAGACGCUGGAGGCUCACAGAGACACGCACAAGGAGGUGGUGCGUGCGGCGGAGGAGGCGGCUUCCACAAUGGCAGGCUCCAUCCACCCGGAGCAGUGCAUCAAGGUCCUCUGUCCCAUCGUGCAGACGGCCGACUAUCCCAUCAACCUGGCUGCCAUCAAGAUGCAGACGAGGGCCAUCGAACGCAUCACCAAGGAGCCGCUCCAUCAGCUGCUGUCUGACAUCAUACCCGGACUCCUGCAGGGCUACGACAACACAGAGAGCAGUGUGAGGAAGGCCAGCGUCUUCUGCCUGGUGGCCAUCUACUCUGUGAUCGGAGAGGAGCUGAAGCCUUACCUGGCUCAGCUGACCGGCAGCAAGAUGAAGCUGCUCAACCUGUACAUCAAGAGGGCUCAGACUUCCACCAGCAACAGCAGCAGCUCCUCCGACAUCUCCUCCUACUAACUCCCACAGCACACGCUUAGCUUUCAUCGUCUCCGCAACACAGAGAGCAUUUCAUUCCAUCAGCCGAUGACAGAUCGGAAGUCAAAACGUCAUCGCGAACAGCGUCGUGAAAUCCUCAUCGUCUGAACCGACUUCCUGUUUUCAAUAUUAUUCCCAUUUCAUUCCUUCAGCUGCUGAUAAAGCUGGAGGCGUCUUGAGGAGCUCAUGCUGUCGUGGCUCCACAAGUUUCUGGACCAUCUCCUUAUCAUGUUGAAAGCUUAGCUAAUUAUUGGGAGGUAAGGUGAUCCUGGCAGCUAAGCCGUUUCAUGAAGAACCCGACACUCUUAAUUGAACCAACAUCUUCCUCCUCCUCUCUCACACUACCGCUAGAGUCAAGAGCCUCAAAACUUUUAUCUUCCAUCGACGCGUGAUGGACCUAAGGUGAUCGUAGGAACCAUUUUUAGAGGCGGACUGCCUGAAACAAAGACCUCUUCUUCCUACUCGCGCCUCGUUUCACCUUCAAGCCCAUCUUACUUCGUGGACCGGCCCUGAGGGGCUCUUUGCAGCUGAUGUAAGGAUGAUCCUAGCAUUGAGACCGUCUUCUUACACUUACAAAAGACCUGAGGUGAGUUUGAAAUCACGGAAAGAGAAGAGAGUUUUCGUGGUGUAACUUCCUUCCUCUCAGUGCAGGAGGAAACCUGUGGCUAUCAGUAUUUUUAUUCAUUUUUAGUAUCUUUAAUCCACUUCUUUGAACAAUGUUUUGCUUUGACACAUCAAACCUUAUUGUACAUUGAAUGUAAAGAGCUUUGACAGGACGUGACUCUCACCUGUGUUUCUCCUUCCUGAACUACUGCCUCAUUGUACCCGGUGGAUCAAUCUUAAAGGUGUUUGGAAUAUUUUCCAAUUUGAGCACGUGCAUUUGGUGAAUUAUGUGCUGUAUUGAGAAAGAAAGUGGCACUUUAGUCUUUAAAAGGCUGAAUUCAAGGGUCCAUCUGAAGAUUAAUAUGUCAAAAAUAAGGAGUUUGAUUUUGAAACUACACCUUAAUGAGUACAACAACAGAAGUUUCUUUGCUGCUGUUUUACUCAUUAAUAUAUUAGUAAAACAUGUUAGCUUUAAAAAAAUGUGAAAUCCAAGUUCAUCUUAGUUUACAUUGAAUGAUCAUUUGGCUGGCCAAUGAUUUCAAGCACUACAGCGAUUAAAGAAAGUUUUAUUAUUUUGGACCCAACUACCAGCAGAAGAUAUCAGCGUUGUUAUUUAAGAUCAUUUUCCAGGCGUGAAGAAAAGAAGGACUUUUAAUGUGUCAACACUCGUCAGUGGAAUUCCCUUUUAAAAUCUGUAAUAGAUAAUAAACUAACAUUUUAUUUCAUAAAUAUAAAACCUCCUUUACAUGGAUUGAAAAAAUUGAAACUAGAUGUUUUUGCACAGGGUUCGUCUAAAACACAAGCUAUUAAAAUUAUGCCUCCGACCUCAUAUAUGUUGCCUGAAGAGCUGAAUGAUGAAUCGGUUUUAUAUUGAAAUUGUGAUUUGAAAGAGUACAAUUAAAAAAGUAAUUACAACUUGCAUAAUUAACAGUGUCUUAAUGAGCGUUAGGAGGUGGAAGUUUCAGUCAGUGACGGCAGCUUUACUGAGCUGCAGCUAAUUAACAACAGAAAAUGUACUUUUUAGUUUGAUAUUGUCAUUAAACAGAAAUCUGUCCAGUAAUUACCACAGCAGGCCAUAUGUAAUUGUUAUCAAUAGCUGACACCACUUUUGAAUGUCAUGAUUGUAUUGUAAUAUUAUUAUUAGUAGUAAUAUUAUCAAGUAAUGUUACGUUCACCGCUGAUGUAAUUUAUUUACUUAAACUGGCCUAGAAAAUGAACAGAGUUGACUUUUCUCAGAUUUGAUGACCUCUUAUAACAAUCCUCUGAUGUUAAAGUCAUGUGGGCUACAAAUACACGUCUGGAGUUUAACUUACAGAAAAUUAUUACAAUUUAAAUCGCAAUAUUCGUCAGAAAAUUAGCUAUUGUCCUCGCAUUGUUCACCACUACGUUUGCGUUCUCUUUCAUCCACGUAGAUUUAAUGCUGCCCAAAAGAAGCUGGCUUUUAUCCGUGUUGGUGUUGUCGAACAAUGGGACCAAACACAUUCACACAAUCUCCUCGUCAAAAAGUAAAACUACAAAAAUGCUUUUUAAAGACGUUUUUAUGUAAAGUUGUCCGCCAGGCUUUUGUAGUUGUUAGAAAAGUUGUAUUUAUUUUUACUACAUUUACAAGUAUAUCAAUUGGCUGUGGGACACAAACCUUGUCUUGAGGAAGGCAUGAAGAUCUGUUUUUUAAUUCAACAGUCUAAAGCUAGAACAUUUUAAAGUUUAAAUCUUUUCUUUACAUUUAUUUGAUUAACAUUACAUUUAAAAAAAGUAUUCACUUCACAUUCUAUGUUAUAGCUUUUUUAAUGAAAAUUUAACUGAUAAACGUUACAUGGACCUAAUUUGUCAUCUAUAUAUAUAUAUUUAAUUUCCUACGUGGAUUUUUAAUUAAUUUGAAAGACUGAAAGUACAAAAUUCCCUCAGAAAUAACACUAUACUGAUUUUAGAAAAUAAAAAUAAAACCACUGAAAGACAGCAGAGGUAUUUUUCUCUGCUGUCCCAGAAGGGUGCGAAUCUAAAGACCCAGUUCUGUUUAAACUGGGAGUUUAUUGGUUUUUACGUCUGCUGUCUUACAGUCUUGGAAAUCCACAAGCUGUCAAGUCAAGACUACUGUAAUAUAUAAUAUAUAUUAUAUUACACUGAAAAAGUCAUCUAAAAGUCAAGAUUCAGCUCUAAAUGUCACAAAAAUAGUAUCAGUAUUUUAAUUUAUGACAGUUUUGUCUGCAGGGAACUAAUAAUCAGUGGUUUAUUGUGUUUUGCUGACAAACUGUUUACAAUGUAUUCUUGUUUUAAAGAGAUGGUUUAACAGUUCGACUGUUUUUGGGAAGAAACGCCUCUGUAUCAGUUGAUCCUAAAUUGAAUGUAAGUCACUUUGAGACUUUGACCUUUUAAAAUGUGAAAUAUUUUAGCAAAUGACAAAUGGGCAAUACCUGAAUCUGACAGAAGGAUUGACAAUCUGAAGGAUUAGAUGCUACUAAAAGCAAGCGACAAUGCUAAUUGAUGAGUUGUAAAAAGCGCCAGCGUUAAAAAUGAAAAGAUGAACGUGUUUGAUCUGUGGACAUUAGCAAUAAACUCUUAGAAAUCCAGCUUGGAUUUUCACGUCGAAGCACUGUAAAUUUCCAUUGUGUUCCUCCUUUGAGACGCUCUCGCUGGUCAAUGUACAGAAGUGUCAUUUUUUUUUAAAAGUGCACCUAUAAUAAAAUGUUACUGCUGCUUAUUCUAAUACUAACAAACGCGCCUAAUAACUCCAGCGUAUGUACUGUAUCUCGACAGAAGGGUUUAGGUACAGCUAAAAUGAUGGAGAGCAAAACUUAACUGACUGAACACUGAAACUGUUAAACCCUCUGAGUGGUUGAACUCUCCCGGUGCUUCAUUCUCAAUGCCAACUCGUCACAUAUGGACGUUUGGUCAAGACCCCUUGGCAUCGCUUUGUAACGCCCCGGGUACCCGUUGUUUUUGGACGUGCAGUGCUCCGCGAUCAAGUUAGCACCAAUAAAUAUGUGUUAUGUUAGCACCAAAAGUACUUGGUUAGCUUUAGGAAAAGUUUUUAACCAUUAACUUCACUAAAAACAAUGUUGACUUUUUGUUUCACACGGGGAAACAAACACCGGCCUCCUGGGGAAAAGUCUUCUUGCCCACUUUUGGCCCACCCAUCCACCCAAACCACCUCCCCACUCAGACAUUUCUGUUAUUUAUAUUCUAUCCCUGCUUUUAGCGUUCAUAACUGACGCUACAGGGUUUCCCCCAGAGCGUUACUACAACCUUAUGCCAAGGGGUCUUGACCGUGCGUCUAUUUGUGACGACUUCGGAGUGAGAGAACGGGUUGCAAGGGAAGUUCAAACAAAGGCAACAGAGCAGGUUUAACUCAUGAAAGAAAUAGUUUGUUGUGUUGGGAAAUCACUGCUUUCUUGCUGAGAGUUAGAUGAGAAGGUUGAGACCAUCAUCAUGACCUGUACACUUAAUAUGAAGCCAGUUAGCUUAGUUUAGCUUAGCUUAGCUUAGCUUAGCGUAAAGACUGGAAACGGGGGGAAACAGCUAGCCUGUUUCUGUCCAGAAAUCCCUGCGCCCGGCCACGAAAUAUUCCAGCACACAAAGCUAAAACUUUCUAAGGGCCUAAGAGCCUCAGGGGCCUCAAAAGCCCCCGGUUCACUCCAUAUCAGCUGGUUCUACAUAAUUGGAUUAUCCACAAAGUAGUUAGAAAUUUGUACCCUUAAAGUACACAAUACCUCAAUUACUUUCAUGUGUAUUAUAUUAAAUUGUUGUAAAACUGUGUUUUAUCAAAUUACUUCCUUAGGGAAGGCGGUAUUACUCCAUCAUGAGCGUACUGUAAGGUUGCAGCCAACAAUUAUUUUCAUUAUCCACAGGUCUUACAGUUAUUUUAUUUAAUAAUCGAGUAAUUAUUUAGUGUAUAAAAUGUUAGUAAUUAGUGGGAAAAUGAUCAUCAUUAUUCUCUGAAACCCAAAUUAACAGAUGUCUGAUAUUCACAUUUCAGAAGCCGGUGCUGGGGUUUUAAACAAUUAAUUAGUCAGUUAUCAAAAUUGGUGCAUAAUAAUUUUCUGUCCAACAGCUAGCUGAUUAAUGAACUUAUCAUUUCAGCUUUGGGGGACGUGCUUUGUUUUUGGGUGCCUGGGAAAAUAAUGAGACUGCCAUGUAUAGUGGGGAUCAAUAGGGCCACCAACAACAAGUAUUACUUAAUUAAUCACCUCUGUUUUUGUACAGCUAAAAACCCAUUUCCCGUUCUUUACCGUCGUUAGCUAAUCUAAGUGGCUUUAUAUUCACAGUACAGGCAUGAGGUCGGUGUCGGUCUGAACACGUGACUCUCAGCAAGAAAGCGAAUAAGCACAUUUCCCCAUAUUUUGACAGUGAAGGAUGCUGUUACUGAAGAUUUCCAGGCCUUAUUUUAUCUCUUCAAACUCGUUACUCGGACUGUUAAAUGUACUGUACCAGUGCCCGUUGUCACUUUUCUCGCUUGUGAGAUUUUGGCAACUUGAUCAGCAUUUAACUCUGGAUUGAAUGUUACCUUUAGAACCAAUGAAGUCCUUUACAGCACGUCGUCCAGUGAUCCAGUGUUAGCCUGCUGCAGUUUAGGCGACUUAAAUUCAUUUCCCUUUACUCUUUUUUUUUUGUUUUGUACAGUGUGAUUUAAAACUGCAACUAUGUCCGCAUGCUUACUUCACGGGAAUCGUCGGAUAUUUCCGGCUGCGUUUGCUGUCAAAUAUAGUUAGUUUGAUAAAAGCAAACAAGCAAACAUUGAAGAUACUUUUUGAUUUCCUGAAUGUGUGCCUUUGGGUAAAGAUUUCUGGCAAUAUACCUGGUUGUCCUGUACAAUACUAACCUGUACUAA